UUGAAUAGCAUGGUUCACAUGGUUUCUUCUAUAUAAAGAAGCCAUGAUUAGCUUUUCUUCUCAUCAUCCCAUUUCAUUCUCAAUCUCGAGUAGUCAGUCACUGCUAGAGAGUUAGUUUUUUUAGCCAAGGCUAUACAAUGGCCGUUCCUUUUUCUCAGUUACUGUUAUUAAUCAUUGGUAUUAUCUGUUCAAGCUUAUUCAUUGUUAACUGUCAUGGUUUCUCCAUAAGAGAUGCCACUGUAGAAGAUUGUCAACAAGGAUUCAAGGAUAACACCUUGACAUCUAGGCAACUCGUUGAGUUUUACCUCCAGGAGAUUCAAACUCUCAACACAGCUCUCCGUGCAGUUAUUGAGGUGAAUCCAGACGCCCUGAGUAUUGCUGACAGUUGCGACAGGGAGAGAAGAUCUAGUCCCACUCCACUGGGAGGAUUACACGGGAUACCAAUCCUCCUCAAGGACGACAUAGCAACCCAAGACAAACUUAACACUACAGAUGGAUCAUAUGCACUAUUGAGCUCUGUGGUCCCACGAGACGCUGGAGUGGUGACAAGGUUGAGAAAUGCUGGAGCGGUGAUUUUGGGGAAGGCCAGCUGCAGUGAGUGGUCUGGUUUCCGUGGCACCGGUGUUUCCCCUGGAUGGUGUGGAAGAACUGGACAGGCCAGGAAUCCGUAUGCUCUUUGGAGGAGCCCAUGUGGUUCUAGCAGUGGAUCAGCUAUAUCAGUUGCUGCAAAUUUGGCAACAGUGUCUUUGGGACAGGAAACUGAUGGAUCAAUGCUCUGUCCAGCAAGUUCUAACUCAGUUGUCGCAAUCAAACCUACAGUCGGACUCACCAGUAGAGCCGGAAUUCUUCCAGUCUCACCUACACAGGAUACAGUGGGACCAAUGUGCAGAACAGUAUCAGAUGCAGUACACACACUGGAUGCAAUUGCGGGUUGCGAUCCAAACGAUGGAGUGACUUGUACACCAGCAGCGAUCAUACCUAUAGGUGGUUACAAGCAACAUCUAAAGACGAAUGGCCUUCAAGGAAAACGGUUAGGAAUAGUGAGGGCUCCGUUCUUCAAUUUCCCCCCUGGAUCAUAUCUUUCCACACUCUUUGAGGGUCACAUCCAAACACUAAGGCAAGCAGGUGCAGUUGUAAUUGACAAUCUGGGAAUCAACAAUAUCCAAACGAUUCUCAAUCCAUACCAAAGUGGUCAGCAACGCGUUUUGUUAUCUGAGUUCAAGCAAUCUAUUAAUGUCUACUUGAGCGGACUAGUUUCUUCUCCUGUGAGGUCGUUAACUGAUAUAAUCAACUUCAAUAACAAUAACAUGUAUUUGGAAAUGCCGAAUGUUUACAGUCAGGAUCUUUUGGUAACAUCUAAUAACAUGUACAGUGGACACCUGACAGAGAGGCAGCAAGCCCUUUGGAGUAUGCAGAAUCUUGACAGCAACGGAUUUGUGAGACUGAUGAAUGUGUUCAAUUUGGAUGCGAUCGUCACCCCAGGAUCUGCCUUUUCAACUGUACUUGCAAUUGGAGGACACCCUGGGAUUAGUGUUCCAGCAGGGUAUGAUACUGAUGGAAUGCCUAUUGGUAUGUGCUUCGGUGGAUUAAAGUUCACCGAAGCAAAGCUGAUCGAAUGUGCUUACGGGUUUGAGCAGAUGACAAUGAUGAGGAGACCUCCUCAUCUAACCAACUUGAGCAUGAAGUAAUCUAUAACAAAAUCUUAAGAGCUGUAGCGAAAUCAGUCUAGUACUUAAUUCAAGAACCAUCAUGAAGUUGUCGUAUUUAAAUUUGAAUAAAAAAAAGGGGAUUUUAACAAAGUGCCAAACUUUCAAUUUUAUGUUUAAUAAAAUGCCACCGUUUUUUUUAAUAUUUAUAAAAUGCCACACUAUUGAUUUUCUCCAUCCCGUUUUUUUGAGUAAUCGGUUCACUACCGUUAGUACCUAUGUGGCAGUUAAUCAGCCCUAAGAAAAGACAUUUAAGCCCCCCAAAUCAUCUAACUAGGACUGAUUCAAACCCAUUUAACAGUGUGAGUCAUUGCUGGUCUGAGUUGGCUGGUUGGAUCAAUCAUCGGGCUCACCAGAAUGGGGCAUCAUUGGAGCCGAGUUGACCUACCAGAACAAGGAUUAGGUCGAGUUUCUGCUAUUCUGGGAUUUUCUCAAGAAAAUUUCAGGCAAUUUUUCCCUGGAAAUUUACUAACAUUCAUCUAUACUCUCCCUGCUGCUUCAUUCUUUUCAGUUCUCCAACAUCCAGUAAACACAUCUUGUCCUUGUAAUGAUUCGAUCUAAUACAAACAGAUUCAUUUUUUAUCUUGAGCUCUAAAUUCCUCUUUGCAACGCGUAAUUCAAACUCAAAUCCAUUCACAUAAGCAUCUCACAACACCACCAGUACCAUUCCUCUGAAUCACAAAACUCCUUUUCUAUCGCAGACCCAUUCAUUCCAUGGAAAUGAGCUCAAUUACCAUCUGAUCAAUCAACAAUAACGGGACUUCAAAUCUGUUUUUCCUUCUGUUAAUUAAAGAUCAACGCAACAAGUUCUACCAUCUGCACAAUACCAAAAACAUACAUUCAAACCCUAAAAUCUAUUCCUCUCCCAUCAACGGCGUCUUCUUUACCUUCUCUAUUCAUAUGUAUUCUUAAUCCAUCAACUCCAAUUCAUCAUCUCUUCGGCUAUAUAUCCCCUUCUUCACCAGCAGCGACGACCCUUCUCUAUAAAAUUAAGCAUAUGAAAUCGGAAAAAAUGAAAACCAAAUUAAACCAAAUUCUAAAAACCACCUCAACUGUGUGAUUUAAACCUAAUUUUGGUAAACCCCAAAAUUUUCCCCAAUUUCAUAAAUUAAGAAAUCAUACACUUGAUUGACAGGAAGAACAUGAGAACAUAAAGAUUUUUACAGGUGGUGGUGAUGCGAAGCAGUUGUGAUUGUGGUAAUUCUAUUGAAGAAGAAUGUUAUUGCGGCAAUCCUUACUCAUCUCGGUUUAUUCGACUCAAUUUGAGGUGGAGACCAGAGAGACCAGAGAGAUAAUAAACUUGUAAUACUGUGAGGAUAGAUAAGUAAUUCUAUCAUCAAAAAUUGACUA